UAACAGGAAGUAACUUGCUGUAAAUACAACAUGGCAGCGCUGAGCCCGUGUGACCCGUGCAGCUAUUCCAGGCCAGAUCUGUGUGCUGUUGUGUACGCCGAUCUCGAUAUCGCCGUGAAUUUCGACAAGAAAGUCAUCAGUGGAACAGUACAUAUUACUGUUGAAAAGAAACAAGCAGCAGCUGAAACAAUCGUACUGGACGCAAGAGAUCUGACCAUCUCUCAGGUUUCUGAUAAGGAUUCUGGACAAGAACUGACCUUUUCUCUCGGUGAACCCAUUUCAACCUUCGGAUCAAAGUUGGAGAUCAAACUUCCAAAUGGAAAUGGGAAAAAAUACACCCUGUCAAUCAAGUAUGCCACCUCCCCGAAAUGUUCUGCCUUACAGUGGCUCCGCCCAGAACAGACUGCAGGGAAGAGACAGCCGUAUCUGUUCAGCCAGUGCGAGGCAAUACAUGCUAGGAGCCUGUUCCCGUGUCAGGACUCGCCUGCCGUCAAGUUUCCUUACUCCGCCAAGGUGACUGCCCGGCGAGAGGUCACGGUGCUGAUGAGUGCAGUGAGGCUGGGGUCGGACCCCUGUGUCGGUGACAGCGCCAGUCUGGAGACCAAGUUUCUGCAGGAGAUCCCCAUCCCCAGCUACCUGAUGGCCAUAGUGGCUGGCGACAUCGAGAGCAGAGACAUUGGUCCGCGGUCAAAGGUGUGGUCCGAGAAGGAGUUUGUGGAGGCUGCUGCGUAUGAAUUUGCAGAGACGGAAGACAUGCUGAAGGCUGCGGAGGCCCUGGUGGGGCCGUAUGUGUGGAAGCAGUAUGACUUGCUGGUGCUGCCCCCAUCUUUCCCCUUCGGAGGGAUGGAGAACCCAUGUCUGACAUUUGUCACCCCCACACUGCUGGCCGGAGACAGAUCGCUAGCCAACGUGGUGGCCCAUGAGAUCGCCCACAGCUGGACCGGGAACCUCGUCACCAACUGUACCUUUGAACACUUCUGGUUGAAUGAGGGUCACACAGUGUUUUUGGAGAGGAAAGUGCAGUCCGCCCUGUUUGAUGGAGAUAAGAGGCAGAUGAUGGAAUUCAGUGGCUCUGAGGGACUGAAGGAUUUACAGUACAAUGUUAAAACAUUGAAUAACGGCCCAUACACGCGACUGGUCAUUGACCUGAAGGGCGUUGACCCAGAUGACGCGUUUUCCAGCGUUCCCUAUGAGAAGGGCUUCACUUUGCUGUUCUACCUGGAGACACUGCUUGGGGGACCAGUUGUGUUUGAGAAGUUCCUCCGGUCCUACAUCGAGAAAUUCACCAAGCAAUCAAUUAACACCCAGCAGUGGAAGGACUUCCUGUACAGUUAUUUCUCUGAUGAGAAAGCCCAGACAGCCCUGAACACAGUAGACUGGGAUGCGUGGUUCAACAGUCAAGGAAUGCCUCCAGUAAUACCAGACUAUGACACAACGUUAGCAAGAGCAUGCACAGAGUUGAGGGAGAAGUGGUGUGCCGCCUUGGAUACCGAUCUGUCUCAGUUCAGCGCCAAUGAUCUCACACCUCUGUCAUCUAUCCAGAUACGAGAGUUUCUAAGUCAACUGCUGGAGCAGGAACCGCUGUCUGUCACAAAGCUUGAAAAGAUGCAGGAAGUGUACGACUUCAACAGUGUCCGCAACUCAGAAAUCAGAUUCAGAUGGUUGAGGCUUGGUCUGUUGGGCCACUGGGCUGAUGCCAUUCCACGAGCAAUUGAUUUCGUCACAGAGCAGGGGAGGAUGAAGUUUGUCAGACCACUCUACAGGGACAUGUAUGCAUGGGAAGAUGCAAGGCAGCCUGCUAUCAACAACUUCCUGGCUGUCAAAGACGAAAUGCACAACACAACAGCUGGUCUUGUGGAGAAGGAUCUCCAUCUGAAAGAGGCUAGCAGUUAGCUAUGAGAUGGCCAUUCCACACAGCAGUUUCACCGAGAUGAGCAGAGCAAGAAAACCACUUCACAUGAACUUGAUCAUGUGUCAAUAACUGAUUUUACAGGAGCUUCAACAUUGAGCCAUUGAUUAUUUGAUACAAUGUCAUGAUUAAGUAGUUCAACCUUAAUGUGUUAUUGUCAUAUAGCAAAGAUUAUAGCAGGUAUAACUGUUAAUUCAACAAUUUGAAUUCAUAUGUAUUUGUUUAAUUUACACCAGAGUGAUCAAAACAUGCCUCGAUUGUCAAAGUUAUUGUUUCAUUAAAGGACCGAUCAUUUCAUUUAUGAGCCGUCUUUGGACAUUAAUAUCUUUUUGACACUCACCCUAUUCGUGCAAAAGAAAUUCAUCCCCAGAGUAUUAUAUGUGACCAGUCACUAAAUAGUUUAAUUGUUGUACCCUGAAAAAUUGAAAAAUAGAACUGUGUGAUAUUUUUAUGCCCAAAUAAAUAAAUGUAACAUGUUUCUGUUCCUCUGCCCUCUGUAGUACAUUACCAAUCACAAAACCCUGUUCAAAUGUAUAACUUUUGUAUUUUUGAAAAACAGAAGUGUCAUGUUCCUCUCCCCUAAUGGUUGUGAGAAUGUUUGGUGAGUCCCCUUCUUUUGCUGUCUUAAAUCUUGUCAUGACCAUGCCCCCCACCCCCAUAAAUGACCAGUCAAAUUGUAAAAAACAACUUUUUCAUGUGACAAUACUUGUGGCCCAAAUACAUUUUCAUUUUUUUACUAUACUUAGCUUUGGAGAAGGGAUAUUAAUGUCUGUACUUUAAUGGAAAAAGUGUUUUUUACCAUUGCUAGUGUGUACAUUUCUUUGUUGAAAAUGAUAGCUGAUAAAGAUAGUUUUGACUGAUAUGAAAGUCAUUGCUUGUCAAGUUUCUUGUUUCAUGAGAAAGGCUUAUAUCCAGGGUUCAACAUGAUGAUUGCUUAUCCAAUUUAUGAAUAAUUUUCAGAAUAAUUUACAUUUUACAGGAGCAGAUGAUAUUUGUUUAUGAGAAUGUUUUGAAAUAAAUUAUUUUGAUUUA